CGUUCACAAAAUUCUAUGUAGAUUACAAAUUAAAUUCAGCUAAGUUCAAUUUUGUUGUUGGCCAACACACGCAGUGUAUAGCGGAAAUAAAGAGAGUGUAGCUUCCCAAAUGGAUGAGGAUGUAUCCAGGUAUUUCGAGAAAAUCAGCCAUGGGGCCGUGAUGCGUGUGCGCAAGGAGUGCGACAUGCCGUUGUGGUAUAAUUCGAUGGCCUACCACGAUGUGAUCGCCUAUAUAAAUCGGACGAGUACGGCUAUUCAGGGCGUGCAACAGCUGGAGCCGCACGGCUAUCCGGUGAGCUUGACAAUGCGCAAGCUGUGCCAUCUGAUCGAUAGCCUGAUCAUGCAGCUCAGUUCGGUUAAGCCGCAUGCUAUGAAUUCGUAUCGCACCUGGUCGCACCAGAUGCUCCACAAGGUCUUCAAUAUGCUGGAGACGGCGCUGCCGGCCACCAAGUGCGAGUAUGUGGGCGAGCUGGGUCAGUAUUUGGGCAGUUCGUUUGGCAAUUUCACGCGCGCCGACUACGGCACUGGUAACGAGCUGAGCUUCAUCUUCUUCCUGUGCAGCCUCUUCCAGGCCGGCAUACUGGGCGCCGAGGAUGAGCCGGCCGCUGCCCUGAUGCUCUUCAGUCGGUAUCUGAAGUGUGUGCGGCGCCUGCAGAGUCUGUUCGAUCUGAAGCCGUCGGCCCAUCAGGGCGCCUACUCGCUGGACGAUUUUCAAUUUGUGGCCUAUAUGUGGGGCGUAGCGCAGCUGUGCUAUGAGCCCCCGUUCAGCCCCAGGGAGCUGCUCGAUGAGGCGACGAUACGCGAGUGGCGCAAUCAAUACCUAAUCGUUGGCUGUGUGGCCUUCCUGGCCAGCACCAAGACGGGCACCUUUGCCAUGCACUCGAACCUGCUGUGGAGCGUUGCCUCGCUCUCGUCCUGGACGCAAAUCUAUACUGGGCUGCAAAAUAUGUACCUGAAGGAGGUCAUCUGUCAGUUCCAUUUGCUGCGCGAGCUGUGCUUUGGCAAGCUGAUGGCCUUCGUUCCGGUGCCGCCGGCCAGCCAGCUGAUGCGUGCCGAGCUGGGGCAUCUGUCGCUGGCCCGGCAGCGAUAUUUGCGCGAAAAGGAGAAGCUGAGCAACGAGCAGGAGCAGCAGAAGGCGCUGCAUCACCAACAUCAUCGCCGCGAUCAUAAGCGAGAGCAUAGGCGGGAACGGGAGCGCGAGUGGAAGCGGGAGGGCAGCAGCGUGCAGCGCCUAUCAUCGAUCAUUGAAGCGUCGCACAGUGGCAUCAGCUCGGGCUCGUCGAUCACAUCCUUGAGCGGCACCAGCGUGCAUAUGAAUGCACUGGCCAAGCGGCUGGGCAAGCAUAAGCAGGAACAAAAUCAGAAUCAGAAGCAAAAAGGCCAACAUAUGGAAUACUAACUGUCUGUGUGUGUGUGUGUGUGUGACAAGAAAUCAAAUCGUAUGAAUUGA